AUGACCCGCACUCCAAUCAACAUCUUCCUCCCCACCGCCGACCUCCUCUGGGGCGUAUUCACGCUCGCCCAGUACAAAGCAACCAGCGUGACGACGCUCUACGCCCUCCGCUUUUUCGUCGGCGCUCUAGGCGGUUUCUUCUUCCCCGCCGUACAAUGGUACCUUGGGAGCUGGUACAAACGCUCCGAGCUCGCGCGCCGUGGAGCCAUCUUCUUCGUGUCGAGCCAGGUUGGGAGUAUGAGUUCGGGUUAUAUCCAGGCCGGUGCAUACGCAAGAUUAGAUGGACGGUAUGGCAUUGAGGGGUGGAGAUGGCUGUAUAUCAUUUGUUAG